CACAGUGCCGCGUGCGCCCCGGGCGCGCCGUAGCCGCGGGGCCCCGGCCGGGCGCUACGCUACGGAGGCGGCGCAGGGCGCGGCGCGGGCCGGGCAGGGUCGGUGCGUUCGCCGGCUCCGCCACUCAGAGCUAGAGGCUGUCGGGGCCGCGCGCCGACGGCAGAGGGCCCGCCCGCCUUCCGAGAACAAGUUGUGGGCCGGCCGGCGCGGACGAGCGAGCCGGGCCUCGGGGACUGAGGAGGCGCCGCGGGUUUGCGGAGGUGAGUCCCGUCACCCGGGCCAGGCCGGGGCCGGGGGCGCGGCCUGGACCCCCAGGAGGCCAUGGCAGAGGGGCGGCCCUCCUGGGCACUGGCCGGUCGCGGCCGGGCUGGGGACGCUGCUGGAGAGGGGAGCCGCCAGGACCUCGGGCGCAGGGCAGCGGGGGACUAGCCCAGGGUUUGCAGACGCGGGAGGCGGCCUCAGUCCCUCCUGCCCUUGAGUGCCCUUACCUCCGGUCAGUGUCCCGGCCUCGGCGGCGUUAGGGGAAGUGUCCGGGCCGGCCCUGUGGAGUGGGGGAGCAAGCGCGUCCUGUCUGCCCGCUGGCCACCAACCACGCUUCCUUCUCCUGUUCUUUUCCUGUUGGCGCUGGAGCUAACCGAAAAGUUACCCAUGGUGGCCCCCAGAGUGUCUGCCGGGCUGCCGGCCCCGCGGCCCACCCAGCUGCCCGCAGGAGGGGGACACUUCUGAUCCUGGUCAGGGCAGCCUUGUGUGAUCAAAUGGCCUUGACGGGGCUGGCUCUCGGGCCCCCUUAACACGCAGGAGUUUGUGAGCAGACUGCAGACAACAGGACCCCAGUAAAGUCCAGCCUGGGAGUUCGGGGUCUUGUGGCUGCGAGCCCUGCCGAACUGUGGGGGAGCUGGGACUCAGCUGGGUGCUUGGUUGUUCUGUGCUCUCCUGAGAGCCCCUCCUGUGGGGCCCCCUCCCUCUGCAUGCGUCUGGGGGCAGUGUAAGCCCCUGUGGGAGGACCCUGCCCCCAGAGCUGGGCUCCAGGGGAGAUGGGGUAAGUUGAUCCUUCCACUUCUGAGUGCCUUUCUCAACCGUGGGGAGAAGAGUAGUGUUUCUGUGGCCCAGGUGCCUGGAGGAGGGCCCCAGAUGGGCGGGGAGCCUGGGAGCCCCUGUUCUGCAGCCCUGCUGGUGGGUGCGGCCUGGCCUUGGUUCCAGGCACCUCUCACUUCCUCUUAGGUUGUCCUGCUCCUUGGAGGAGCACUUCUCUUUUCUUCUGCGUCUGAAGCUCUCUAGUGCUGCUCCCUGUGAGCAACCAGGCUGGUGACCUCAUGACCUCCUGGAAGCCAGGCUUAAACUCAGUGAUUGCUAGACUUUAGAGAGGGAGCAGGUCUUACCUUGUGUCUCUGCUCUAAGGACCCCUGCCCCAGACCAGGUGCUCUGAGAGCAGGAAACGGCUGGGUCCUCCAGCCCUUCUGGACGGGGUCACUUUGCUGAAACUCUUUGGUUUCAGGCUCUGCGUUAGACUCUCUGGACCCCUGUGUCAGACAGCGUCCUGCUGAGCCCUGCUUUACAGACAGGGGGCCCAGGCUGGGGGCAGCCGGGUUGUGGAGAAGGAGGAGUGGGCUGCGCAUCCAGUCCUUCCAGCCCCUGCUUCCACCGCCCCUGAUGCUUGUCUUUUAUUUGGGAAGAAGGACUCUGCACCCUAGAGGUUCUCUAAAACCAUGGAUGUUUUCGUGGGCCUGAACAGGUUGCUGAAGAGCCUGCAGGGCUGGGUAUGUAACAGCCCACGCCCAGACUCGGCCCAGGUGCUCCCUGCCCCCGGGUCAGCCGCCCUUUUGCCCGCACUGACUCCAGCCCUCCCACCUGGCACCCGCAGGAGCAUCCCAAAGCAGGGACAUGGUGGUGUCUCUCUUGCCCAACCUCUUGUGCCACGUUCCCAGGCAGGACCACCCCCCCAGUACCUCCCCCCCAACCAAGAGUGCCCAGUAGGCCUGUGGCAUCCCUUUGGUGUCCCCGGCUCCCUGUGCCCAGUGCUGCACCAGCGGCACCGAGGCAGGUGGUCAGUGAGCAUCCUGCGUCAGCUGCAGGCUGGUCUGGUGACCCAGCUCUCAACUCGGAGGGGCCUCUGGGGCCGCGGGGCCAGAAUGGCACCUGCAGCCUCCUGGGGGUGAGGACCGGCUCGCCCAUCUCCACCUUCCUGGAUAAGGAGAAAGAGGGUGUGGGUGGAGUUUGGACUUGGACACCUGCCCAGGCACACUUGUCACUCCGGGUCACCCUGUGGAGGGCUGUGCUGGUGCUGCCAGGACGGUGCAGGGAGCUGGGGGCCACGGGGGAGCAGCAGGGACCUCCUGACACCCCCAGGAUGCACUGUCCCUCCAGUGAGGACUUGUCCAGGGCUCCAGCCUCUCUGCCCGUCCUGGCGGCACCAUCUCCCUCCAGCAGCGGCUCCUCCCCUGCUGUCUGCUUCCCCCUCCCUGGUGGCCAGACCCCGGGAUGGGGCUGGACAGUGCUGCAAGACGUCAGAGGGAAAGCAGGCCGAUAGCUGCUGUUGACGAGAGCUGCGGUGUCCGUGUCCCGAGGAGGCGCUCGUGGCUUCGCUCCCUCGGCCAUUGGCUGAGCCUGGAGCUGAGGCAGCGCUUGCUGCUGACCCCUCCAUGGCCACCCUGGAGAUGCUCCCCACGGCCCGACUGCCGCCCCUGGUUGAGCCGGAGGCUCCAGUGCCUUUAUGUCUCUGAAGCAACUCUGCCCCCGCGAGGCCUGCAGUCACCAGCCACCCAGGCCGCGCUGCUCUGCGGCCACUUGGCCAACAGAAAUGGGGAAGUGCCAGAGGCGAGCGCCCGUUGUCAGGCGGCUCUGAACUUGUGAACUGGAAAGCGAAGUCGUGGUGGUGUUCCUGGCUCCCUGGUGGAAGUUUCCUUCUUGAGCCUCAACUGAGCGGGUACGACUAGAGACAGAGAACACGCUGGGACUCUGCGUCCCAUCCUCCGGUCUCCGUGCCAGCGAGCCACCCCUCACUUGUGGGUGUCACUCUGGGGAUCUGCCUCCACCUCUCCCUCCUGGAAAGCAGGGGCCUGGAAGCAGAGCCCUGCCGGCUAGGUGACCCGCAUGGGGUGGGGGGCCCAGGAUCCGGACCGCGGCUGGACACUGCUGGGCCGAGGUGCGGAGACAGCGGCCUCCCGAAGCACAUGCAGGGGAGGGUCUGCGGCCGGACCGUUUCCUCCUGGGCCGGGUAGUGGAAUGCUGGUUUCUGUUUUGUUCCUGAAGCUGGUUUUCAGGGGACAUUGUUGGUGACUCUCAGCAGAAUCUCCACAGCCCCCUCCUUAAGGUCCUGGCCCGGCCAGUGGGGGUGUCUGGGCCUCACAGUGCACCUGGGAAGGACAGGAGGCAUGUGCCCCGUGGACAGGUGGUACCAGGACCUGGGUCCCGGGGAGUCUUGCUAACUGCUUGCCGAGAGCCCUGACCCUCGCCCCCCAGGCACCUUUCCCUGGUGGCCCCAGCCAUGGGCAGAGCCAGGCGGUGGGAGGCCUUGUCCCCUGUGGCCCUGGCUGGCCUAGACGGUGGUGGCCUUGGACCAGGCAGCAAAGAGCAGCCGAGGCAGGCCCCAGACUGCACAGUGUGAGGCCCUGACGCCAGAUGGCUUGUGGCCUGGAGCUUGGGCUUGGCCUGGGAGGCGAGGCUCUGGGGCGGGUCUUCCAGGCAGGGCCCUCCCCCCUGGACAGGUCUGGACUUUGGCCCUGGAGCAGCAGCCCAGCCUGUAGGCUUAUCGCCAGGACCCAGAGUCCAUCGGCCAGGGGUGCCAACCUGUCUCCCUGCUGCAGGACUCCGCCUGCCACCCCAAGACCAAGGCCGCACGGAGGCCGGGCCCUGUCCUCGCUACCCGGGGUCUGGCUGUGGGUGGGCGCCCCCAGCCAUCCCCUGUGCUCUCAGUGGGCGCGGGCUGAGCUCCUGGUCAGCCUGAGCCUGGGCCCGGGCAUGGGUGCUCCUGCUCCAUGGGCACCUUUGUGGCUUAGCUUCAGCUCAAGGCCUCGGCCGCUCAGGGUUUGACUGCGUAAAGGGAGGGUUGGAGACGCUCGGGGUCUCUCCCCGGGAAGGCGCCCCCGUGGGGUGGUGGCAGGAGGCUGGGGGCUGGCCUGGUUGCGGUGCGUCUGCCUCGUCGCCGUGGAGGGGCAGGUGUCCUGAAGGACCUGCUCGGCGUGGGCCUGACCGCUAUGAGUGCCCCCUCGCAGCCCAGGGUAUAGGGCUCUGGCUGCGGCUGCUGCCCGAGCGUGACUCGUCCCCGUGGGGCCCGGCUCGCGAGGCCACCCUCCUCCAUGCUCCGCCUCGCCCGCCGCCGCCGGCGCCCUGUGACCAGGCCCGGUGCUCAGCGUGGCUGCCGCGGGGGCCAUGGGGAGCUCUGCCUCCUCGCUGGCCGCAGAGACCGAGUCGGACCACGGCUUCCCCCGGGGCCCGCCCUGCUCGGGGCCCCCGGCAGCGGCUGGCUGGGGUAGGAGCGGCCCCGGGGGGCCUGCGUGGGGCGGCAGCCUGGGCACCCGGCAGCACCCGCCCCCGCGGCCCCGGGCCCGAAGCCACACGCACUCGCCCGGGCCCAUGGCCGCGGUUGGGGAGUGGGCCUGCGCACGCUGCACCUUCCUGAACCCGGCCGGCCAGCGCCAGUGCUCCAUCUGCGAGGCCCCGCGGCACAAGCCUGACCUGGACCGGAUCCUGCGGCUCAGCGUGGAAGAGCAGAAGUGGCCAUGCGCCCGUUGCACAUUCCGCAACCUUCUGGGCAGGGGGGCCUGCGAGGUGUGCGGCUUCACCCCCGAGCCUGGCCCGGGGGCCCCCCCACUGCCCAUCAUCAACGGGGUGCCCCCAGAGCCCCCGGGCAGCUGCCGGGACGAGGCGGGGCCCCUGCGGACGGCGGGGCCGGUGGCCGUGGAGCCGGCGGGUGGACGGCCGGCGGAGGCAGAGGGGCAGGAGGGCGGCGCGGCCGCGCCUGGGAGCGGCUGGGCCUGCCAACGCUGCACGCUGCACAACACGCCUGUGGCCAGCUCCUGCUCAGCCUGCGGGGGGCCCCGGAAACUCUCGCUGCCCAGGAUCCCUCCUGAGGCACUUGUGGUCCCGGAAGUCGUGGCUCCUGCAGGCUUCCCCGGUGUGUCGGCCCCGGCCCAGCCUGGGGAAGGCGCCGAGGCCAACCCUCCUUCUGCCGUGGACCAGGAGCCCCCCCGGGGGCCACCCUUCAGCCCAUUCUCGCUCACCCUCCAGAACAACCCCGUGCCUCGCAGCCGCCGCGAGGUGCCCCCCCAGCUGCAGCCACCGGUGCCUGAGGCCGCCCAGCCCUCGCCCUCUGCCGGCUCCAAGGGGCCCCCCCAGGGCCUGGGGCGGCCCGCGGCCGGGGCCUCCCGCCUGGCGGAGCUGCUGUCAGGCAAGCGGCUGAGCUUCCUGGAGGAGGAGGAGGCUGAGGGGGGCCCCACGCUGCGCCCGCCAGGGCCCGCCAGCCCUGCGCACUGCGAGGCCAGCACCAGCACGACAGGCAGCGAUGUCAUCGACCUGGGCGGCGACAGCGUGCGCUACACGCCGGCCAGCCCCUCCAGCCCCGACUUCACCACCUGGUCGUGCGCCAGGUGCACGCUCAGGAACCCCACGGCGACCCCCCGGUGCACAGCGUGCGGCUGCUCCAAGCUUCACGGCUUCCAGGAGCACGGCGACGCCACCGCCCGCUGCCCCGACUGCAGUGCGGACCAGCCCGGGCCCUGCCCGGCCCACAAGGCCAGCCGCCCCCUCCCUGCGGCGCCGUCUGAGCGCCCAGGCCAGUGGGCCUGCCCCGCCUGCACCCUGCUCAACGCGCCUCGGGCCAAGCACUGUGCCACCUGCCACACCCCCCAGCUCAUGGCGGCCCAGCGCCGGGGCGUAGCGCCCCUGCGGCGCAGGGAGAGUGUGCUCGUGGAGAAGCGGCGGCAGACAGACGAGGGCGAGGCCAAGGCCCUGUGGGAGGACAUCGUGGCCUUUUGCCGGGAGAACAGCGUGAACUUUGUGGACGACAGCUUCCCCCCCGGGCCCGCGUCUGUGGGCUUCCCCGCGGGCGACAGUGUCCAGCAGCGCGUGCGACAGUGGCUGCGGCCGCAUGAGAUCAACUGCUCCGUGUUCAGGGACCACGGCACCUCCUGGUCCGUGUUCCACACGCUCCGGCCCUCGGACAUCCUGCAGGGUCUCCUGGGGAACUGCUGGUUCUUGAGUGCGCUGGCAGUGCUGGCCGAGCGGCCGGACCUGGUUGAGCGGGUGAUGGUCACACGCAGCCUGUGUGCAGAGGGUGCCUACCAGGUGCGGCUGUGCAAGGACGGCACGUGGACAACGGUGCUGGUGGAUGACAUGCUGCCCUGUGACGAGGCCGGCUUCCUGCUCUUCUCCCAGGCUCAGCGCAAGCAGCUGUGGGUGGCCCUCAUUGAGAAGGCACUGGCCAAGCUGCACGGCUCCUACUUCGCGCUCCAGGCCGGGCGUGCCAUAGAGGGUCUGGCCACGCUCACCGGUGCCCCCUGUGAGAGCCUGGCCUUGCAGGUCAGCUCCACGAACCCCCGCGAGGAACCGGUGGACACUGACCUCAUCUGGGCCAAAAUGCUGAGUUCUAAAGAGGCUGGGUUCCUCAUGGGCGCCUCCUGUGGUGGGGGCAACAUGAAGGUGGACGAUGCUGCCUAUGAGAGUCUAGGCCUGCGUCCCCGCCACGCCUAUUCCAUCUUGGAUGUCCGGGAUGUCCAGGGCUCCAGGCUCUUGCGCCUACGGAACCCAUGGGGCCGCUUCUCCUGGAAUGGCAGCUGGUCAGACGAGUGGCCACACUGGCCGGGGCACCUGCGGAAUGAGCUCAUGCCGCAUGGCAGCAGCGAAGGUGUCUUCUGGAUGGAGUACAGCGACUUCGUCAGGUACUUCGACUCCGUGGAUAUCUGCAAGGUGCACUCGGACUGGCAGGAGGCCCGGGUGCAAGGCAGCUUCCCCAGCUCGGCCAGCGGGCCGGUGGGCGUGACGGCCCUCACGGUGCUGGAGCGCGCAUCCCUGGAGUUUGCCCUCUUCCAGGAGGGCAGUAGGCGCUCUGACUCAGUGGACAGUCACCUCCUGGACCUGUGUGUCCUGGUGUUCCGGGCCUCCUUCGGCAGCGGCGGCCGCCUGAGCCUGGGCCGCCUGCUAGCCCACAGCAAACGCGCUGUGAAGAAGUUCGUCAACUGUGACGUGAUGCUGGAGCCUGGCGAGUACGCCGUGGUGUGCUGUGCCUUCAACCACUGGGGCCCUGUGCCCGGCCCACCAGCCCUGCAGGCCUCCAGCCCCUCAGCGGGGGCCCCACGCAGCACCCCGGAGGCGCCCGGCCACGUGCUGGCCGUGUACAGCUCGAGGCUCGUCAUGGUGGAGCCCGUGGAGGCCCAGCCGACCACGCUGGCCGACGCCAUCAUCUUGCUCACGGAGAGCAGGGGCGAACGGCACGAGGGCCGCGAGGGCAUGACGUGCUACUACCUGACGCACGGCUGGGCGGGGCUCAUUGUGGUUGUGGAGAAUCGGCACCCCAAGUCUUACCUGCACGUGCAGUGCGACUGCUCCGACAGCUUCAACGUGGUGUCAACACGCGGCAGCCUGCGCACCCAGGACAGCGUGCCGCCCCUGCACAGGCAGGUCCUGGUGAUCCUGUCUCAGCUGGAAGGAAAUGCCGGCUUCUCCAUUACCCACCGCCUGGCGCACCGCAAGGCAGCGCAGGCCUUCCUCAGCGACUGGACGGCCUCCAAGGGCAGCCACAGCCCUCCACUCACGCCCGAGGUCGCUGGCCUGCACGGGCCCCGGCCGCUGUGACCUCCCUGCCCCCACCCGCCUGCCCCCACACGCACUUUAUGAGGGAGACCCCAACACAGGACGCUUGAACCACAAUCUCAGGACCCCCACCCAGGGAGCUCCAGCUGCGGGCACAGCUCCCCUGGCCCUCCCCCCACCCCUCCCUCCUGCCCAGGGCCUCCCAGUCACCCAGCAGAUUACCUCGAACCCACCUCCAGCUCUAGGGAGCCAUGUGCCAGCCUCUCUGAUAAGGCUACCUUGAGGUCUGGCUCCAACCUCCAGAGUCAGGGUGAGGCUGCCCCUUAUCCAUGGGCCUGGGUCUCCUGCCCUGGUCAGGCAGCCAUGUGCUCCAAAUCCAAAUCUGGGCAGGUCAGAGGCCAGGACCCUAGAAUGAGAGCAGGGACCACCCUUGUUGUAGGGGUCAGAGGUCAGGACUUCAGGGUGAGAGCAGGGACCAUUUCCAUUUUGUGACCAGAGGCCAGGACCCUGAGGUGAGCAGGGACCACCCCCUUGCUGGGUCAGGCCAGGACCCCCAGGGUGAAAGUAGGGACCACCUCUAUUUUAGGGGGUCAAGGCCAGGGCCCAAGGAUGAGAGCAGGGACCACCCCAGUUUGGGGAGGUCAGAGGUCAAGACCCCAGGGUGAGAGUAGGGACACCCCUUUGUGGCCAGAGGUUGAGAGCCUUCUCUCAGUUUGCCCCCAUAUCCCACCUAUCCGCCCCCCCCACCACCACCACCGCAAGCCCUCAUGUGGCCAGCAGGGGUCCCUGGAGCCCCAGCAGGGUCUGAGGAAGGUGCCUGGAACUGUGGGGUGAGCCAGAGUGGGGAGGGGCACUAUGCAAUUCCUGGCGCGCAGCCAGGGUCGAAGCCAUGCCCUGGGCUGGGGCUGGGGCUGGGGCUGGGGCAGCGGCCAGGUGGGCCUGGGCCCAGCCCCGUGCUUGGCACCACCUGACCUGCAGGAGACGCAGAGUCCCAGAGUCCCCGGGCUGUGUCCAGGCACAUGCAGGGUGGGCCCCAGCCCCACACCCUUCCCCCUGAGCCAGCGUUCUCCCUGCGCUGCUCAGCCCUGAGCUGUGUCUGCCUGGGGACGACUAAGGCCGCUUCCUGGGUGCCCAGCCUCGCUGCCCAGCAGCCCCUGGCAGCGAGCGGCCCUGCCCACGGUCCCUCGCUUUCUGUGGGGCUUGCCGGGUUGGGGGGAGCAGAUUCACUCCUGGAGAAGCACUAGACCCCCGCCCCCUUUGUACUCCUCCUGUUACUCUGAGUGGGGGGCUCGCACCUGGAGGGGCACCAGAAGCACUAGGCCCCCCGCCCCCGCCCCCUUUGUACUCCUCCUCGUACUCUGAGCUGUGAGUAUUUUUAACCCUGUACAUACGGCAGCUCUUCUGACACAGAGACUAUUUUAUCAACGUCAGCGCCAUCCCUGUAGGAUGACCCCAUGGGUGUUUCCAGACUCAGGCUCCGACGGACCAAAUAAAGAUGUCUUGUUUUGUAA